AAGGAAAAUCAUAUACUUUAAACUGCUUUCUAUUACAUAAAAUUAAAUUUGAAAUCAUCGAAAAUGUCAAAGGAUGGGCUGAAUUUAAGAGCAGCCCACACAGAGUCAUGAUUUUUCAACUCUUGCUCAGUCAUGUCGCAGCUCUGACUAGAGUGAAUAUUCGUUCAACCAUUAUAAUUCUCUUCCUCUUCCGUCCAUUUCUCUUUUAUUUCAAUUCAAUUUUCUUUGAUGAACUGGAAAAUAACAUUGGUUCUGAUUUGAUGCAAUCAUCUUACCGUCUCGUCUCUCGCCUUCUUCACCAUCACUCCAGUAAACGCGGCGUCGUUUUAAGCCCUUCUUUCUCCUUCGAUGUCUUGGAAAAACACUCCCUCAACAAUGACAACUUUCAUUUGUUCAGCCCUGCCACUCUACUCCGAGGUCCUUGCUCCCUUCAUUGCUCUAAACGCUUCGUUUUGUUAGGUUUUGUUUCUUUCGAGAAUGGUAGUCGUCAUUACCGAUCACAACGUCAGUAUCGUCAGUUCUUUUCUUAUCGCAAUUUUUUUACUAGGGCAAAACAAGUGAAGAAGAUCGAGUUUAGUGAUGAACACAGUCAUAGAGCUGUUAAAACUGCAUUGUGGUGCAACUUUCUUGUCUUCUCUCUCAAGUUUGGUGUCUGGCUAACAACCUCUAGCCAUGUUAUGCUGGCUGAAGUAGUGCACUCAGUUGCAGAUUUUGCUAAUCAGGUGCUUCUAGCUUAUGGUUUGAAUAGCUCAAGGCGUGCACCUGAUGCGCUCCAUCCUUAUGGCUAUUCUAAAGAAAGAUUCGUUUGGUCUUUGAUAUCUGCUGUCGGUAUAUUUUGUCUGGGUUCCGGUGCUACAAUUGUCCAUGGAAUUCAGAACUUGUGGACCUCACAUCCCCCUCCAAAUAUUCAGUAUGCAGCUUUGGUGAUUGGUGGUUCAUUUAUCAUGGAAGGGGCUUCUCUGGUAGUUGCUAUACAAGCUGUCAAGAAAGGAGCAGCUGCAGAGGGAAUGACAGUGAGAGACUAUGUUUGGCGUGGUCAUGAUCCCACAUCUGUUGCUGUCAUGACAGAGGAUGGUGCUGCGGUUACUGGCCUUGUUAUAGCAGGAGCAUCAUUAAUUGCAGUUAAUACCACAGGAAAUGCAAUUUAUGACCCAAUUGGUUCGAUCAUAGUUGGCAACCUUCUUGGAAUGGUGGCUAUAUUUCUCAUUCAAAGGAAUCGGCAUGCUUUAAUUGGUAGGGCAAUGGAUGACCAUGAUAUGGAAAAGGUCCUCGAUUUCUUGAAAAAUGACCCGGUUGUGGAUUCUCUAUAUGAUUGCAAAAGCGAGGUGAUUGGACCUGGAUUCUUUAGAUUCAAGGCUGAAAUAGAUUUCAAUGGAGUGAUUUUGGUACAGAACUAUCUAAGUAGGACUGGACGUGAAGAAUGGGCCAGACAGUUUCGCGAAGCUGCUAAGAAUAAGGAUGAUCGUGAGUUGCUUAAAGUCAUGUCAAACUAUGGUGAGGAGGUGGUUACAGCUUUAGGUAGUGAAGUUGAUAGGCUGGAAAAGGAGAUCCAAGAACUUGUUCCUGGUAUUCGGCAUGUGGAUAUUGAAGCACACAACCCCGUGGACCUAUCUUCAUAAUAUGGUAUUCUCUUUGUUUGAGCAGUAUAUUAUGCGGCAUUCUUUCUUUGCAUAAUUAAGGAUAAUCAUCAACUGCUGCAACUUUUUUUUCGCCAUUAAGUCUAUACCAUACGCAUGGAAAGGUUGACAGUAGAUUCAAAAUCUGUACUAUGAAAACAACUUUGGUGGGUUUCAUAUGUUUAGUAGUAUUUUCCUGGUCUUGACAUUGUUUCAAAUUUGGAGAGAAGUUGGGGCAAUCAAAAUAGAUGGAUUAUUUGCUAUAUGAACAUAAGCUUGAUGGCUUUUUAAACAUUGCGCCUUGAGAUUUGUAGCCAUGAGAUUGAAAAAUAAAAAUUCCAUGGCUCAAAGAUGAACCUCUGAUUACUUGAUAUUCAAGGAAGUCUUGCCUCGGUCUAUCAUAUAAUUUCUUCAUGGAA